GUCGCCAUAAGCCGUUUUACGGUGGUGUGCGUGUACGUACGUCACUGAGCGGCACGGUGUUUUUCGGUGUAAUUCACCACCACCACAGACGCAUCACAACACUACCUGUGCGCACCACCGGUAGCGAAGGUUGCUUUUUUUCAUUAUUUGUGCCGUCGCGGUCGCCGCGGUCGUCGUCGUCGUUGUUGUUGGCAUACGUUUUCCGCGAACUUCGUUCUCUCUGUGGUGCAUUCUUGUGCGUGUUGAAUGUACAUAAUUUGGGGCUUUUCCAGAUGUUCAACGCCAAAGUGUCCAGAAAAAAACGUGCAUCGGAAAAGUGAAGUGAAUGUGUGUUAAAACGUAAUUGAAGUGCAAUCGUGUGUGUGUGUGUUUUUCUAUAGUAGGCUCUCUGUGUAUCCUGACAGCUGAUCAAAGUUGCCAGUGCAUUUGUAGUGCUUGUGUGCGCGUGUAUUUGCUUUUAUAUCUCCUGUGAAGCUGCACCAGCUUGGUGCUAUCAAGAAAGAAGUGAAGCGAAGUGAAAUAAGAAAAAAGUUUUGCAACGCAAUACACAUAUGCCAAUUUGUGUGGGAGAGCACCAGUUUUUAGGUCAACACAAUACAAGCAUCCUUUAAGUUAGCUGUGUGCUCGGAUCAGCGAUAGCUUGGGCCUCUUUCAACGUUGUGUGUUCUAGCAUUACUACUACUCACACUACUACCCUUCAAUCGGUUUCGGCGUCCAGCAGUAAGCUGAAUCUUCAUACAUCAAGCCAUCGAGUUGACUGCACAGUAGCUAUUUUUCUCGUCACACUCAUCAGCCGCGGAAAACCUCAACAGUGGGAAAGGAUAACAAAGAGACGUCCAGAACCUAUGGUUGGCUGCAAAUUUUCAUAAACUUAAUGAGCCCAUCGAGGAUGGCAGAGUAUGGCGACUAAUCCUUUCAAGCAAACGCCAGCAAUACCCAGCACGACCCAAAGUAACAACACUCAGCACUAUUACGAUGAACCCGCAACAGCCGUGUUUACUUCGAACAGUUCCGCAGCAACAAGUGGCAGCGGGUCUAACGCAGCGGACAGUAGCAGUAUCCUGAAGCAGAGGGCGACGUGUGCCUGCUCGAACAUCAGCAUUAUGCAGCUGUUUCACGAAAUGAAGCAAAAGUAUCCAACCGUACCGGACACGGUCGUGUCGGAGCUCGUCACACAGAACUGUCACGAUCGGCCGGCAUGCAUCGGCAAGCUGGAGGAAGCCGUACUCGGAACACCUGCCCAAACCACCUACCCGUCGCAAUCCAUCCACAGUGGCAGUCUGAAAAGGCGCAGUGGUGAUCGAAAGCUGGCCGGUAAUCGAUCGGAUGGCAGCAACAGCUAUAGCAGCAGUAAUAGCAGUAGCAAUAGUAGCCGGGAGAGCAGCGUCGAUAGUAGCAGGUUACAGGGUGCUUCAUAUCCUACCACACAUCAGCAGCAGCAGCAGGGAGUUCCGACGACCGGUGGCGGCACAGGCUACAGUGAUAAUAGAUUUAUAGGAGAGAGCCGAAUAUCUAGUUCGUGCGCAAACCGGCCCACUACGCUGGCCGUACGUCCAGCAGCAGCAGGCACUGGGGUGGGUAACUUUGGAGCAACGCCGCCACCACCUCCGAUGCGACCCAAUCGGAUAGCUCCACCAUGUCCACCAAACAACGUACCGCUAGGGACGUCCACGAUCACGACAACAACCACGGCUAGCAGUAGUACUGAGCUCGGUGAGACGGUUAACCUGCAAGUGAACGUUACCGUAUCGCCUAAAGCCGGUGGACCGAUGAUCGCUGGUCAACGGCACACAUCGACGAUCUCGCUCCAGCCAGAGCCGCCGUACUCACGCGAGCUAGCCCAAGUUAGCAGUACGUUCAGUGGUGGAAAUCCUUUGGUGAUGGGAUCACCCACUGCUGGUACGGUGGCUGGCAGCACACCGGGUGGAUCUUCGCGGACAGGAUCGGCUUCGGUGGGAAUCGGCGCUGGCGGUAACGGUGGUCGUAGCUCUACCUCGGUUAAUCUAACCCUGCGACAACCGACCGACGGUCGACCGCGCACACCCAUCCACAUCCACGCCAGCCCACUCAAGUAUACCGCCAAAAACUUUAACGCUCAGUCCGGCAUUCAAUCGAAGCUGGAGGUUACGUUUCGUGAUGGUUUCGGUUCGUUCAGUGCAAUGCGCGCUCAGGUUCCGGGCUAUGAACCUCAGCGCGAGAUGAUGGCAAGCCCACAGCAACCGGAACGGGAACCGUGCGCCGUUGCUUUGCCGGACGGUCAUAGUGGAUGGUAUCAGUCACCGUCGUCCGCUGGCAGCAGAGUUCCGUACGGCGGGCUGGCAGGAUUUCCUCCACCGCUUUCAUCCUCAUCGCCACUGCCCAACCUGGCGGCCCAUCAGAUGGUGUCUAGUCGGGGCAUGAAUGGGCAGUCCCUGUUUGCCGACGGCCAGCUAGAGAACGAUGGACUGACGAAGGAAAUGCGCUACCAGAACUUUGUUGUCGCAGAGAUGGCCGUCUCACAGCAGCUGGAGCAAAAGCAGCGUUUAAGCCUGGAGGUAGAACGGAAACGGACCCAGUUCGAGUCGAUCUGUCGUGAAAUCUUCGUGUUGCAACAACCUCUGCGCUUUAUCGAUGCGGAGCUGCUCGAUCGUGAGGUGCUGGUGCUGGCGGCUGAGGUCGAGCAGCUGCAGAAGGAAGUGGAUUCGUGCGACGAAGAAGAGGCACGGAUACAGGCCGCAGCGGCCGCAGCCGCGACGGGUUCAUCGAUAACGGAUGGGCUGAGUGCGCUGAGCGUUGAAGGUGGUUCACCAUUAAUGCUUCCACCGUCCAUGGUGUCAGGAGCUAGUGGUGGGGGGACUGUAGUGAAUCGUCCACCAAGACCACCCCGACCUCCGCCGCCCAGAGCCCCAACACAGUCGCCGUCGCGUGGCAGUUCAGGAAGCGUUACGCCGAGUACGCCGCACCUUGCCCCAUCGCUAGCCGUUAUAGGCGGCACGUCGUCACCAGUACCGACCCCCACGUCAUCCGUGUCCUCGUCCUGCUCAACCUCAUCGUCGUUUCAGUCGAACGGUGGAGGUGUCGGUGAUCCGACGGCUCCCAAUCGACUGCAACCAUCCGCCACAACAGGCCCCAAUCAACCCUGGACCUGCAGUCUCUGUACAUUCCAAAACCACGAACUAAUGCCCGCGUGCGAAGUCUGCUCGCUGCCGAAAGCAUCCGGUAGUAGAACGGCUGUGGCUGCACCAAUGACCAACAGCAACCCGGCCUUUGCGGUCGCGGGCGAUGUGCGCGAUGGUGUCGGAGGAUCCCCCCAUGCUGCCGGUGUGUUGUUGCGCCGUCAACAUCAUCUUUCGGUUGAUACUGGCGUUGCGGCUGCUGCUGCCGCCGCCGCUGCUGCUGCUGCCGCCGCCGUUGUUGGGGCAUCCGUUGCCGGACCUUCCACGGCACCUCCCUAUCCGGGCGUUGCGGAAAUGCCUCCACCGACAUUUGCAUCCUUGACCACGGGACACACCUCCACGUCGAUGCCGCUGCAACCUAUUCCCCUUUCGCAUGGGCAGCAGCAACAGCAGCAGCAGCAGCAACAGCAGCCAACGCAAACAGUACAGCAGCAAUCCCAGCAAUCCAAUCCGCCGCCACCAUUGCAAAAUGCCCAGUAUCAGAAAUCAUCCAUCGAAUGCUAAACAAACCGCUCAAUGCCAUCGCCACUGACGAUUUACAGCCCUACUAACACGCAAAAAACAAAUGCAUUGAUUAAUGAGCGAGCGAGAGAGUGAAACUCGAUCGAAGGACAAGUUCUGCUCAGCUGUCCAGCCUCUCCGUACAAGAGGAAAUACAUUAGCAUUAAGGAAAGAUCGCCGAAAGUAGCCUUUUGCAUGAAUUUUUGCCGAAUAGUGCGAGACAUUUUCCUUGGCCACGGUAGGGAUGUGUCUCUAUCAUGUGUGAGUGUGUGUUUGCAUUGCAUGUUUGUGUGUGUGUGUGUUUAUUUGAAGCAGUAUCUAACUGAGUUUUUACAUACCGUCCGCACCCGUAUGAAUGCUAAAAAUUAAGUAAAACAUUUCAUAAACUUUCUUCACGAUAGUGUUCAACGGGGUAUGUGUGGUUGCUUACAAAAAAAUAUUGAACUGUGCUACUUGUGCCAGUUCUAAAGACAUUUUCUAUUGUCGAGUUGGGAUUUUACGGAGUUAAACGUUUGUUUUCCCAUGUUGAGAACGGUUAACGAGGUUGAAUUGUAUGUUUGAUGUCUGAUCAGCGUUUUAUGCUGUUGACAUAGUGAGUGUUACAAUGGCCUGCACUGGCCUGAGCAAUCCUGUAAGUAAUGACUAUUCUUCUCUUCUUCUUUCCUGUCAUUAUUGGCACUCAUUUCGCUUAAUUUUAUCCGUAGCUGGAUUAUUAAGUCCUGCGCUGCGAACAACAUACACACAUUUUUCAACACAUAUGAGUAAAAUUUUACCGAUGAGACUUCAUUGUAACGGUUAUAAUUCAAACGCCGAUAGCGACAGUUUACGCGAAUGCAUUAGAUGGUUUUUGUUUUGUCAUAAAUUAAUUAAUCGAUACCUGAACAGGGCGGUAGUAUAAUGUGGCUUGUUAUUCGUCGUUUUACAAUUAUUACAAAGUGUGCAGGCUGCGUUGAUCGUACAUACCUCACGUUUAAGCCGGCUGCUUUUCAGGGAGCAACGAGUAGGAUAGUUUUUAAUUAAUUGAGAGAAAGACCACUAGAAGGAACUUUAUAUAUAUACACAUCGUUCAUCAGACAAAAAGUAUGUCAGGUGCAGCGUAGCUUUAUCAAUAUUUAACUACACAUUUUGUCACAUAAUUUUACGCGGUCGUACACACCAGAGAGCAGCCGGUGAUGAUGGAGUUGUUCGUCUGCGAGUGUGCCGUUGCGUUCCGAGCAGACCGUCAGUUGGACGGAGCAAAUAAGCCACGGCCGGCUGUAUGUACAUCAUCAGCAACGCGCAUCUCCUCCUCUAGUGAUGAGCAUUUUUUGUCGCGAAAGGUGCGUUAUCACGGUGGCGUUACGAUUACGAAAAUAGAUUAUCACAACACAGGAUCAGGGGCCGAGGAGUCGAGGGGAAACGCACGUAGGCCGACCGCGACUGUUACGCGAGAUGUUGUACGCUCCGUACGUGUGUGUUUUACCAAGCAUUCCGAAUCGUUCGUUUAGCUUCACAAUCCCGGCCAUAGACGCCAUGAGCCCGUACCGCGCGCAUCGAAUGCAUUUGUAUCGCGCGGUGUCUGGCGCUUUGAUGCUGCACAACAUCAAAUGCGCCACGGGGUACUAAUUCCUGGCACCUUUUGCCGGUGCGUCGUCUUAGAAGUUUCGACCUCGUUUUUGUUUUUUCGUUUGUCCCCCACCGGUACGAUUGUUUCUUCUUGGCUGUCAUUUUUCUUUGCCAAUGCGACUGAAUCCGGAACCCACCCAAACCGGGGGACGACGUUUGUUUAGUGAGUUGUGUUUAUAUCGAUGCAAGCGCAUAAUGAGGAGUUAAUUGGUAAUAGAGUUUUAUUUCCUUGCGUGCUGUUUCUACCGUUGAGUGAUGCUUUACAAAACACACAAACGAACGAUUAUCUGGACAUAAAUCAUUCCUAGACAUUUGCCUUCGGUAAGCGUUUGGCGGAAAACGUGCUCGUUUAAAUGUGUAUCAUUAUAAAUUAUGUUGAUGUUAAAUAGAAGUGAAUUGCAUAACUGCA